AACUUUUACUUAAGUAACUCAGUAAAACUGACUUUUACUUGUAACCUGACUUGUAUUUCUACACCAUGCUACUACUUUUUUCUUCUGGAGGCUAAUGGAGACCAUUUAUAUUUAAUUUAUUAAAAGUCUGAUGGAACAAACUAACAAACAGCUAGCGGUUAGCUGCAUGUUAGCGUUAGCAUGCUAACAUGCUCUAAUAAAACGUCCUGGAAUCUAAUGCACUGAUUUUAGUUUUAGCCGGCUGGUAAUGUUAGCUUAAAUGUAGCCAUGGUAACCAUCUGCCAUAGUUAAGCUGGCGCAUUAGCUCAGAGACUAGCUAAUUAGCACACGUGUAAGGUUUACAAGAGGAUUCUACAAAUGUCAUUAGUUAAAUUACAAGGUAAUUUAAGAUAUAUUGGACUGCUAAAGACUGUGACCUGAGGAUGGCGCCACAGGAAUACUUAGGUAAGUAGGCCCACCUGGAGGAUUAAGAUGUCUGAGACCUGCUGGAGAGAGGCACCAUGCUGAUGUUGAGGGAGAAGAGACACCCAGCUACAAAGCAAAGAAAACAAACCUGUUUGGCUGGCUGCAACCAGGAAACCAAUCAGAGGGUGCACCAAAAGGAGUGUAAAAGAGAGAGAGAGAGAGAGAGAGAGCCAGAGCGACAUCAAGAGAGAGAGACAAAGAAGAAAACCACAGCUCCUCAGCCAAUGACAGAGAACAUGUUUCCGCUGUGCUGUGAGUUGACGUCUCAGCUCUGCUGACCCUGACAAUGUGGGACUGCUGUGCUGCUGGGAUGUGCGCAUGAAUAUUGGUAAGCAUGCUAAAUAGGGGGCAAGAAAGACUCAGUGCAUUCAGGUGGAGAGAGAUUUCAAAAGUUGGAACUAUUUCAAGGGGCUAAGUAUCAGUCUCAAACCCUCCCUACGUUUGUUUUCUCAUAGUUGGUCUCUUGUGUUGUAUGGCGUUGUUGUGGAUGUUUUAAACAAAACAGGCUUUGUGUAACAUCUUUUUAUUUUUGUAUUUUUUUUUGUAUUUUUCUGAAGAUCUGACAGACGAAUGAGAAGCUAUAAACAAACAGGAUUGGCUGCUUUGGAAGGAAAUGCGUAGCUUCAAGGGCAUUUUAAGUGAUGCCGUAAUUGAACAUGCUAUCCACUGUUGGAUAAUGUAGUGCUUUUGGAUUAUCACUAGGUGGAUUAAAGGGUGAUGCUGUUUGGGGGUGGAUAAGAUGUGUGCUUUUCAGAUGAAGCAGGGAACUCACAAAAAUCAUUUUAAGGACAAAAGUCUUAUACACUCAAAAACUUGAGCCGGUAUGAACAGCAGCUCCUAUUUCUGCUUUUGAAUCUCUCAAAAAAACCAGCACGCCCAUUAUUAUCUAUUGUCACGCCCCCAUACAGACACACACACAGACUUGACAUUAAAAGGUGGUUUUGCAAUACACAACACUUCCAAACACACAGCGAAAUUAUGGCGGCAGCACUUUCAGGAGCCUCCCAGGCCCCUACCAGUGGAGACCGGCGGCUGGUGGACAAGGCCCUCAAAAAACUGGAAAAGCUUCACGAGCUGUGCAGAAACCCCCGGCUGGGCCUGAGGAACAGUCCCCCAUACCUGCCAGAGCUGGUAACUGAGUCGACAGCGCUGCUCAUACAGGUUUGGGAGCCCUAUCGAGGCUCAAGGCUUACGGGCGGCAAGGUUCCCCGGGGAGACGAGGCCAAGUACCUGAGGGUCCAUGUCAGAAACCUGAUGGAUAAGACCGACAGGGCCGUGCUGCUGUUUAAAGAGGGACGGGAGAAGAUAUUCGAGGAGACGUCCAGCUACAGGAGGAACUUGACCAAGCUGUCCUUGCUGUUCAGCCACAUGCUCUGGGAGUUGAAGGCUAUGUUUCCGGGGGGAGAUUUCCAGGGUGACACCUACAGGGUGACCAAGAAAGAGGCAGAGGAGUUUUGGGGACAUUCAUUUGGCAACAAGUGUAUAGUGCAGUGGAAUACUUUCAAAGAGCAGCUGCAAACUGUACAUGCAUUUGAGGAAGGGAUGGAAUCCAUGGCACUGAAGUCAACUAUAGAUCUCACCUGUAAUGACCACAUCUCUGUGUUUGAAUUUGACAUCUUCACUAGACUGUUUCAGCCCUGGAGGUCACUCAUUCGGAACUGGAACCAGCUAGCAGUGACUCAUCCAGGCUACAUGGCAUUUCUUACCUAUGAUCAGGUUAUAGCUCGUCUGGAACACUACCUGCACAGACCUGGGAGCUAUAUCUUUCGUUUGAGCUGCACAAGAAUGGGCCAGUGGGCUAUCGGCCAUGUGACCACUGAAGGUAGCAUCGUCCAGACCAUUCCCCAGAAUACACCUCUCUACCAGGCACUCAUUCAGGGCUUCAAGGAAGGCUGCUACCUUUACCCAGAUGGCCGUGAUGUGAACCCCGACCUGACCAGCUUGUGUGAACCGGCCCAGAGGGGCAAAGUCAAAGUUACCGAAGAGCAGUAUGAGCUCUACUGUGAAAUCGGCAGCACCUUCCAGCUGUGUAAGAUCUGUGCAGAGAGGGAUAAGGACACUCGUAUCCAGCCCUGUGGGCAUCUCCUGUGCCAACCCUGCCUCACGGGCUGGCAGCAGAAGUCAGCUGGCCACACCUGCCCAUACUGUCGCUGCGACAUCAGAGGAACGGAAACGAUCCUCAUCGAGCCCUAUCUACCAGACAGCGGCCAGUGGGGGGAGGAGGAGUGUGAGGACGAUGCAGAAGAUGACACCCAUGAGGACAUUGAACUGGUGGUAAAGGAAAUGGCUGCCCUGAGGAAGUUCUCGAGUUUGGACUACCAGGUUCCCAGCUCCCACCACACCGGUCCACCUCUGCCUCCUAAGAACAGCACUGCACCACGCUGUCCAUCUCCAUUUAGCCAAUCCCAGACAUCAGAAACCAAGACGCUGGCCAAACACUCCCACUCCCGUUCAGCUCACGGUGGUAAUGAAGCACAGAGAAGAAACAAUAACAAGCACAUAAACAGGCAUCAGGGGGAGGAGUCACACAGCAGCGAGGAUGAGCAUUCCGGUGGGUUGAGACUGCCUCAGCGACACCCGCUCUCCCUCAGUGCUGAAUUCCUAAUGGACUCAACAGUUUCUGCUUCCUCUCAGAAGAGUGUUGACAGCUCAGCAGCAUGGCUCGGACCCUCCAGCCCUGUCAAAUACAGACAAAGACAAAAGGAGGAAAGAAGAGCAGCAGAGUUUAGAAAAGACAAAUGUGGCCUGGCAGAGAUGACGAGAACAAUGUCGUCCUGACAGAACCUAGCAAUCGAAAGACUGCAGAUAAAGUGAGAAAUACAUGUCAACUAGAAUAUGUUAAAUCCACAAACCAGGCUUCAGUGAAUGUAAAAAUAGUUUUUGGUGUCAUGUUUAACUUUAAUUGUGACUGCUGCGCUGCUGAAGUCAAGAUGAGUGGGUGGGACUGGCACGAAAAUGGCUGAGCGAGGCCUCCUACUGUUCAAUAAUCACACUUCCAUUACCUCCGCAGCAGGUUCAGUACUGAUUCUUAAAUACUGUAUUGUCUCACACACUGUCUUCUUCAUAAUUAAAGCCUUUACUCAGCUUUCAUGGAAUAAUAGAAAGGUUUUAUAUUUCAAAGGGUAGUUAAAUGGGCAAAUGAAAGGGGAAAUGGGAGGAACUGUGAGAGAGAUAAUAGAAAUGUGCUACCUUGUCACUUAAUCCAUACUGCAAGUUUGUUCUUAAUAUGUAAUGUGGGUAAAAAAAAAUGUAAAAUGUAAACAAAUAAAGCCUUUAACUGUUA